AUGGCUAGUUUGAAAGUUUUUUCUUUUGCUUUGCUCAUUGUUCUCACUUUCUCAGUUAUUGGUAUGAUAUAUAAUGUAGAGAGUGGUGGUUCUUUGUGUUGUAAUAGCCACCCAAAAUUUGGAAAGUGCAACACAAACAAUGACGAGCAGAGAUGCAACCGUUGGUGUCACAAUGGAUGCGGCAAUGGAAAAGGCGGUUACUACAAAUCUAUGUCUCACGGGGGACAAUGCCACUAUUAUUGUUAACUCACAAUUAAGAAACAUUAUGCAUGCUUUAAUGUGUUUGUUUGAUUACUAACACAUAUAUCAGUAUGAAUAUCACG